ACAAAAAAAUGUCUGAGCCAUCCGCACCACCGGACGAGGCGGAGAGCACAAUUCGGAGCCCGGACCUCCCAUUCGUCUCCUCAAUAGUCGGAGGCCUGUUCGCUGGCCGAGCAAUUGUGGUCAGUGGAAUGGUUUUGCCAGGAUUCGCGUCGGAUCGGAAAAGAUUUCAAAUCGAUCUGUGCUGUGGGCUAUUAAUUGAUGGAGAUCAUAUGGACAAUAAGGCUCUUCAUUUUAAUCCGAGAUUUGAUGCAAAAACCGGAUGGUUCAGCGGCCCUGGGGACGAUAAGCUCGUGAUCAACUCGUUCGUUUCGGGACGAUGGGGCAACGAAGAACGAUUCGAUAAUCCGUUCAAGGAGGGAGAACCCUUCCAGAUUCGGAUAAUGGUUUUUGAGAAGUACUUUAAGAUCUCAGCCAGUGGAAAACACAUGUGCGAUUUCCCACACCGGGUUCCAGUUGAAUCGAUUCGAACAAUCUCCAUCAACGGAAACAUCCGUGUCGACUACGUGGAAUUCCAUCCACCGAUCGGAAUCGGUGCUGAUGGGAAGCCGACUCUAGUUGCACCAACGCCAAAACAGGAGGUCAUAACGAAAAUUGAUAAACCGAACGUUCCAUUCGAACUCCCACUGCCACCUGGCGGAUUUGUAUCUCCUCAGUCCGCUCGUUUCACAAUUACCCCGUUCCUAUCGUCGGAGAGAUUCACAAUAAAUCUGAAGAGCAAAGGAGAAUUCCUCUUCCACUUUCGAGUCGACAUGCCGAAUCAGGCGCAAAAGAUUAAGCCCCACGUGAUUCGGAACAGCUCGAAAAACGGUGUGAAAUGGCUAACAGAAGAACGAACAUUCGGAACAUUCCCAUUUCACAAAGGAAUCACCCAUGACAUUGUGUUCACCGCCUAUGGAAAAUCUGUUACAGUCGACGUGGAUGGGGCGCCAUUUGUGAAGUUCGUUUACCGAGAUGGCGAUGAUCCGGUGAACGUCGAUCAGAUUACUGUAGUCGGAGAUGUAUUGAUUCAUCGAUUCGAGCACAAGGGAUGACCUAUUUUUUGACCAUUUAUAAUUACUUUUCGAUGUUAAUUUUAUGUGAUUAUACUAUAUCUGUGAUCCAUUUGAUUUUCCUAAUUUAUUUUUUGCACUUGCGAGUAGAUAAAUGAGCUUCAUUU